AUGUCUAAUCGAUGUAAACCUCCAGAACCUUCAAUUUCACUUAUAAUUUAUAAUGUUGGUAUGGCAAUAGCUAAAGCUGUUGGUGGUUUUUUUCCCAAGUUAAAUGCAAUUGUUAAUGUGGUCGAACAAGGCAAAAAUAUAUAUGACACUAUUAAAAACGGUGGCAAAGAGGGACCUGAUCCUAUUCUCCUUGACUGCAUGAAUCGAAACUUUGAAAAUAUUAAAGCCAACGCCCAGUCUAUUGCCCAAAAUGCAAAACUAAUCGAUAGGAACUACCAGGCUGUGCUUCAGAUUUCUCGUGAACUUCAAAACGCUAAAAAUGAAAUACUAAAAAGUGUUGAAGAAAGCACUAUUAAACCAAUCCUUUCUGAUUUAAAAACUUUUCUUAGCGACUUUACUACAAAAAGCAAAGAGUUAUCGUUACUGAACGAUGAUGAGCUGAUUACUCGUUUGGAAAAUCCUGAUGGUUUCAUGUAUUUUAUUAAAGAACUAAUCAAGUCUGGUAAAUCGGGAAACUUUCACGCACGUCUAAAUGACAUAAUUAAUCUAGAUCUUGCAAUACCUGAGAACGAUAAAGACUCGUUUAAGUUUAUCAUGCUAUUUUUACUGGUUAAUAGUUUAUCAAGUUAUGUUAGUAUGCUUGAAACACUAAACGCUCAAUACGGCAAACUAAUUGAACAACAUUUUGACCACAGCGAAAUUAAAGAGUACAACAAACUUUUAAAAUUUCGUUAUGAUAUGUUCAAGGACAUUGGAACUGGACUAAUUGCUAGUAACACAGGUCUAAUUGACAAAGUCAUUGCCGUUUUGGAAAAAGUUGCUUCAGUGCCUGAUUUUGCCGACAAAAAAGAUUUAUUAACUGAACUGAGUGUAGCUCAAGAGAACUUUAAAAAACUGAAAGUAGUGAUUGCCAACAAAAUUAAGUCUCAAUUUGUUGAAGUGCCCAAGAGGAUUACCGUUAAUCCGGAUUUCUCAAAAUCAAAAAUUAAAACUCCAGCCAAGCCAAGCUGGAUUGCCAAACGGAAAGUCUCUUAUGCUAUUUUAUACGAGGAUGAAAACACUAAAAAGCGAACAGUCGUCAGCCGGUGGUCAAAUCCAUAUCGCAUCGGCAGCAAGGCCUGCCCUACCGUUAAAAUUCCCCUCGAUCCGCAGCGUCGAACGCGAAUCAUCUACCGAAAGUUUCACCCUGACGACGAUCCAAAACUGGUGGCCAUUAUCACCGCCCCCAAUGCCACCUCCUUCGUGGACAUUGACCGAGACGUGUUCAACAUUGCCAAGGAGACGUCGGAGGACGCCGUCGAGGAGAUUGAGCCAUACGUCAGGCACGGCGCCAACAUUAAUGCGGUCUUCGAGAAGGCUCGUACCUCGCUGCACGUCGCCGCCGCCUCGGGCAUCCUCGACCUGGUGCGCUACCUGGUGGAGCACGGCGCACGGGCGGACCAGUUUGACCGGAACGGUUACACGGCGCUGCACAACGCCGCCUGGAAGGGCGCCGUCGACUUUGUGGAGGGCGCCAUCGCCGAGGGGCUGAUGGACGCCAACGUGCUCAGCUACCAGUCGAACACGCCCCUGCACUCGGCAGUGCUCGGCGAGCACGCCCUGGUGGUGGACGCCUUGCUCAGCUUCCCGCAGACGGACGUCACGCUGAAGAACUACCAUGGCCUCAGUGCGCUGCACCUGGCGGCGGUGCGCGGCUACGAGGCCAUCGUGGAGCUGUUUCUCAGCACAGAAUUCGGCGCCGCCCAAAACGCCAUCAUCAACCAGCCCAGUGACAGCGGCUGGACGGCACUUCAUCUGGCGGUGGCCAACGGCCGGACGACAGUCGUCGAGCGGCUGCUGGAGAAGAAGGACCGGCAAGGCAAAUCGCUUCUGGUGAAUGUGGCCGGGCAGGGCGGCAAUACCGCCCUCCACCUGGCAGUCCAGCGGAAGGACCCCGUCCUGGUGCGCCUUUUGCUGUCCAGUGGCGCCGAUGUGGCCGCCCAGACGGCGGCCGAGCACCAAACUGCGCUUCACUACGCAGUCGCCCACUACGAGCCGGCGGUGCUGAGGGCGCUGCUGGAGGCAGGCGCCCCGGUCAAUCAGCCGGACACGCUGGGACAAACGGUGACUCCGCUGUACUACGCCCUCCAGCACGGCCUCACCGAUGUGGUGCGCCUUCUGCUGGCCAGCUGCGCCAAGUUUGACCUGCUCCUGGUGGGCGGCAGAACUCAGCUGCACCUGGCCGCAGUGAAGGGCGAUGUGGCCGUGCUUCGAGGUCUGAUUGAACAAGGAGCCGACGUUAAUCAGAAGUUUUACCUCCAUGUGGAGGGCGAGAAAGUGGAGCGACAAGCGCUGGACUUGGCUUUAGAGAAUGGCAACGUGGAGGUGGCUGAAAUUUUGAUUCAAAACAAUGCUGAAGUUAAAUUUCUAUUUGAUUGGAAAAACAGUCAGAUGGAUUCAAUCAACAAGCCUUUAAGUAGACUUCACUUGAAUGAGGAUCAAAGUUUUCAAAUGGUCGAAAUGCUAAAAAAGGCAAAAAAAGAUUACCAAGCAACUUUCACUCUUUUUGCCUGUCGUAAGGGAUUUCUUCGCCUAUUGAAUUCACUAAAAGACAACGAUUUUGACAAACGAGUUAUAAGUUGUGCAAAGAAUGCAAUCAAAUUUGGUCAAAUCGAAAUAAUUAAAAACUUAAAAAAAAUUAGAUCUGUAAAAUAUAAAUGGUCCCUUAAUGAAAAUGAUUUAGAAUUAGAAUUUUUAAAUUUAUUUUCACUUAUAAAAGAACCAUACGUGUAUUUUAUUAAAAAUAACUUUGAUUUAUCGGAAAAAAAAUUGGCUGAACUGCUCCAUUUGGCUGCUAAAGAAGGACAUUACGAAAUGUUGAAGUGCACCAUUGAUCUCCUUCAAGAGCAUUUUGAAAAAGAGCAUGAAAUAUAUUCAAAUAAAAACUUUUUGGUAAGACAAAGCAUGGCUGGCUACCUCGAUGCACUCAAUAACGAUGGAAAAAGUUCACUCCUUUUGGCAUGCGAGUAUAACGCUGAUACCAAAAUAGUGGAGUACCUACUCAAUGCAGGUGCCAAAAUUAAUCUAACAGAGUCUUCUGGUUCCAGUGAGCUGUACUACGCUGCUAAACAUGGAAACCUGCCAAGUGUUAAACUUCUCGUUGCUAAUGGAGCUGUAGUAGAUCAAAUUCACAAAAACGGAUACACUCCACUGGCAACUGCUAUUGAAGGCAAAGGCAGUUUUGAGUUGGUAAAGUACCUAGAAGAGAAUGGUGCCAAUUUAUAUUUAAAAGUUAAAACUGAUACAAAUGAAGAAAUAACUUUGGCUAAUCUUGCUUUAAAAGCUGACAAAAUUGACGUUGCUGAGUAUUUGGUGAAGAAAAAAGUGCAAAUUAUAAAAGCUGGUUUUAGUCACGCGGAAUGGACAAAACUUCAGGAG